CUUCCCACACACACCUGCAUCUCAUUACACACACACACACACACACCACAGCAUGAGAGAGACUUUAGGAGCGAAGAGACUUUGUGAAGUAAUGUUCAGUUGAUUUGUUCUCUGCCAUUAUCCAAGCGUUUUUCUCGUGUGUUUACGAAGUGACUUUUGACCAGUGUUUCCGUCCUCGACCUCGUUGUGUUUGUUUGCCUGCCUGCCUGACCCUCACCUGUUUAUCGACCACGAACUUCGUCUCCACCCUCGGAACCUGACCGGCUGAUCUGGUCUGUCUACUCUGUUUAAAUACCAAAAAUCAAAGGAAUUAUGUUGGCCAGGAUUUUUAAUUACUCACACAGAAGAGAAUUUAGUUCUUUCUGGAGAAGUGUAAGUCAACAUGCUGGUCAAAGGCUUGAUAUUGGUGGGAUUUAUCCUCCCAUUGCCACUCCAUUUACACAGAAAGGAAAUGUGGAUUAUCAAAGCCUAGAUGAAAAUCUACGAAAAUAUGGCAGUAUACCCUUUAAAGGUCUUGUGGUGCAGGGCUCUAAUGGAGAGUAUCCAUAUCUGACAACCGAAGAGCGCAUAGAUGUUGUAAGAAGAGUUCGAGAAGCUCUGCCUCCAUCAAAGCUUGUGAUGGCUGGAUCUGGCUGUGAAUCCACAAGAGCCACAAUCCAAAUGAGUGAGAGUAUGGCCAGUGCAGGUGCUGAUUGUGUGUUGGUAGUGACGCCGUGUUUUUAUCAUGGAAGAAUGAAUAGCAGUGCUCUUAUUCACCACUAUACACAGGUAGCAGAUUCCAGUCCUAUACCCAUUGUUCUAUAUAAUGUGCCAGCCAACACUUUUCUGGAUCUGCCUGUGGAUGCAGUAGUACAGCUAUCACAGCAUCCAAAUAUAGUUGGCAUCAAAGAUAGUGGUGGAGAUAUUACAAGAAUAAGUCUGAUUGUGUACAAAACCAGAUCACAGGAUUUCCAGGUGUUGGCAGGAUCUGCUGGGUUCCUCAUGGCUGCCUAUUCAGUAGGUGCUGUUGGAGGUGUAUGUGCUUUAGCAAAUGUUUUGGGUCAGCAGGUGUGUGAGCUAGCACAGCUAUGUACAUCAGGACAAUGGGACAAAGCCAAAGAACUCCAAUACCGUCUCAUUGAACCAAACUUGGCGGUCACACGGAAGUUUGGUAUUCCUGCCCUAAAGCAAGCAAUGGAGUGGUUUGGAUACAAGGGGGGUGUAUGCCGCUCCCCUCUGCAGCCUUUGUCCGAGGUGGAGUUAGAAAAUCUUCAAGCAGACUUCUCCUCAAAUGGCUGGCUAUAGAUGGACUUUAGAAAACUAAUAAAUAAUUUGGAUAAAUUGUGACAUUAUGAUUAACCCAUAAUGUUUCCUGCAACACAGAAUUGAAAUCUAGAUUAAACACACUUUCACACACAUUUUAUUCCUUUUGCCUCUGAGUUUUCUACUUUGAGGCUUCACUCUGAGACACACCAUAAACACACACACAGUUCAGUUCAGCAUGGCUCAGCAUCUGCAUCACACUCUCCUUUUUAUUUCCUCCCCUGCUUCUUACUGCAACACAGACCCCUUAUUAGUACAAUUACCCACGGGUGCAUUCUCCUCAGAACUCAACCGACUCAACCACCCCCAUCUCCCGCUAAUAAAGGAAGUCCACCCGAGUCAUUUGUGCCCACCUCAAAUUUGAGGUCCCAACUGGAAGCCCACUUCUUUCGUUUCACUGUGAGUCCUGCCAAUCUCAAAGAUCUCAGGACAAUUAUUACACUCUCUCUCUCUCUCUCUCUCUCUCUCUCUCUCUCUCAUUCAUAUAUAUAUAUAUAUAUAUAUAUAUAUAUAUAUAUAUAUAUAUAUAUAUAUAUAUAUAUAUAUAUAUAUAUAUAUAUAUAUAUAUAAACCAACAUUAUAUCAAAUAUAUACAUACAGCACUGUAUAUUUACCCUAUCAGAAUAUUCAGUGUAUAUGUAUAUCAGUAUUAAAUCAUGGUGGUUGUCUUCUCAUUGCACAUGUACAUUGGAGAAAUUUUUUUCCCAACCUGAUUUUUAUAUUGAGUAUGUUUCCAAGACACCCUCCCUCCCCUCAAAAAAAAAAAAAAAAAAAAAAAAAGCCUACAGUUAAAGAUCGGUGAUAUGCCCAAAAAUGUUAUCAUGAUUAUUUUUUCUAUAUUGAUCGAUCUUGAUCAUUAUCACUAUAUGGAAUUUCAUAACACUAUCACAGUUUUUAAAGAGUAUCUUUCUCAAUAAACCAUUUCUAAUACUG